CCAUCAUAACAUCUGCUACAUUCUACGCCUCUUCAACAGCUAGCUAGCUCGCAGAAGCUAAACCUUAGCUGGAAAAAAGGCGUUUCAGUAUUCCGAAUUUUGGGCCAAAAUUGCACAUUAAGGAACCCUUCUGUCCCGGUUUCCAUCUGAUGGAGCAGUGGUUGUUAUUCUUUGUGAAGAGCCACCAUGUUUCCCUGCCACGUAACCCCCUGGCCCUCCGCUGAGGCCGCCGCGCCGUGUGGAAGCCAUGCACCGUCAGUGCAGCCAUCACAAGCUCUGCCCGAUCUGCUGUGCAGCUGUCCUGCUCCACCUUUAAACAUCCACUCGGAGACACCAUCCCCAGACCCCAUGGAGUCUCUCAUCGUGGUCACUGAGUAUGAACCUGCUGAGCCACCGGGGGAGCCUGAAGAAGAAGAGAUGGAACAAAUGGACAGCUCCGAUCCUCCCGAGCCAACUUCCUCCUCCGCACCUGUCCAGGCUCCAUCCUGCGACCUGCUGUCCCACACAGUGGGCCGGCCCAAGGCCCUGCUGCCCCAGAGCCAAGAACAAAGGGGUCGAUUAAGCCUGUCUGACCGGAAGCUUUCGCUGCAGGAGCGCUCACAGACCGCUACGUCCCCCUGCAGCUCCCCUGGACUCAACGGCCGUUACAUCUACCCUUCGCUACCUUACUCCCCCAUCACAUCGCCACAUUCGUCUCCCCGGUUGCCCCGCCGGCCCACUGUGGAGUCCCACAGUGUCUCCAUCACAGAUCUUCAGGAUUGCGUUCAACUCAACCAGUACAAGCUGAAAGAUGAGAUAGGAAAGGGCUCCUAUGGUGUUGUGAAGCUGGCUUACAAUGAGGAUGACAACACAUAUUAUGCGAUGAAAGUGUUGUCCAAGAAGAAGCUGAUGAGGCAGGCAGGAUUCCCACGAAGACCACCUCCUCGCGGGGCCAGAGCGCUCCCCGAGGGUCCGACUCAGCCCAAAGGCCCACUGGAGCGGGUUUAUCAGGAGAUAGCCAUUCUUAAGAAACUGGACCAUCCUAAUGUUGUUAAACUGGUUGAGGUUUUGGAUGACCCCAGUGAAGACCAUCUGUACAUGGUGUUUGAGUUGGUGAAAAAAGGGGCUGUGAUGGAGGUGCCCACGGAUAAACCGUUCAGUGAAGACCAGGCCCGUUUUUACUUCCAGGAUUUGCUGAGAGGAAUCGAGUACUUACAUUACCAGAAGAUCAUCCACCGAGACGUGAAACCUUCUAACCUGCUGGUGGGAGAGGACGGCCACAUCAAGAUCGCAGACUUUGGAGUCAGCAACCAGUUUGAGGGAGCCGACGCUCUGCUGACCAGCACUGUGGGAACGCCCGCUUUCCUCGCCCCUGAAGCCCUCUCGGAAACCAGAAAGAAUUUCUCUGGGAAGGCUUUGGAUGUGUGGGCCAUGGGGGUAACUCUCUAUUGCUUUGUCUUUGGAGUGUGUCCAUUUAUGGAUGAGCGCAUUCUCAGCCUUCAUCAGAAAAUCAAGACACAGCCUGUAGUGAUUCCUGAUCGUGCAGACAUAUCAGACGACCUCAAAGAUUUGUUGUUAAAAAUGCUGGAAAAGAAUCCGGAGACCAGAAUAACAGUGCCACAGAUAAAGGUGCACUCAUGGGUGACGAGGCACGGUGCUGAGCCUCUUCCUCCUGAGGAUGACAACUGCUGUAUGCUGAUUGAAGUCACUGAAGAGGAGGUGGAGAACUCUGUUAAACACAUUCCAAGCCUGGCAACAGUGAUCCUGGUCAGAACCAUGCUGAGGAAGCGCUCCUUUGGGAACCCCUUCGACUGGGGCCGGAAGGAAGACCGCAGCAGUUUGUGUGCUCCAGCACAAACUCUCACGAAACCGGAGAGUGCUGACGCUGUGAGGAGCCUGCCCUACGUGGGAGAGGAUGAAACUCUUUCCUGAUAAUAUGCACAGUGGUAUCCUCUUGUCUACAACCACACAACACAACUCCCCUUUACACUCUUCUGAACUGGCAAUCGACAGACUUCUUUUGGUUUUUUGGAAGGUGGGAACACAUGUUGAAAAAAGGGAAGAAUUUUCAUCAUCUGAGGCACUUUGUCAUCCCACAGGGACCUUCCGGGGUUUGAUUCCCAAACCUUUUUUGACUCACUUCACACCUUCUCUUCUCCUGCAUGCAGCUGUGGUCCCAGCAUGCUUCGUCUCAGGCUCUAAACUGUACAGUUUCAGGUGGAAGUGUAGUUGAUCCUCUUGUGUUUCUUCGUCUCUACUUGACAGUACCUUCAGGUACACAGGGCUUGGGAACGGGAGGUGUUGAUGGCUUUAAGUGUAGGGAUCUUUGCCAUCACCGUAGCAACACUCUUUAGUAGAGAAGAUUUCCUAAAGAUCCACUGGAGGAACAUCCUUCAGAGUGACAGUUCCAAGUUUUGUCAAAUAUCUCAGAGUAAAAUCUUUGGACUGUUUUAGUCAAAAUGGGAAAAAAAGGGAAUAGAAAAAAUGUUUACUCUAUACUGAAUGCAUGCAUUUAUUUUCUCAAUGCAAAUACUGUAUAAGCUAUUUAUAAAGAUCCACAUUCUUGUAGACGUCACAAAUUGACCUUUUUUUUUGCCUUUGUGUCCCACAAUCUAUAGAAAGCUUUAAAAUAUUUGAUGUAGUGCUUUGUGAACAAUUAUUUCAUCGAGAUGGUAAAGAAAAAACAGCUUUUAAUAUUUUUUUAAUAGAUUCAUGAUGAGUUUGUAGGUGUUUGAUAUCACUUGAAACCGCUGGGCUGCAGCUAACUGAGUAUUAAAUGUAUUGAAUGCACAUAACGAGAAAAAGUAUUAGUGUGAAAAAACCUGUAAAGGAAGUUUAAGAUGUUUUUUUAUGUGUUUUUAGACAUGCAGAACCAUUUCUGCUGCAUUUCAUAAUUGUUUCCAUCCAUCCAUUUUCCGGACCGCUUUGUCCCUUUCGGGGUCGCGGGGGCGCCGGAGCCUAACCCGGCUACUGAAGGACGAAGGCGGGGUACACCCUGGACAGGUCGCCAGUCUGUCGCAGGGCUAAUUGUUUCCCUUUUCAAAAUUAAUGAGUUUUAACCCUAUUUUGAAAUGUUGACAGUUUUUACCUAAUAAUUUUGGUUUAAAUCAAUCUGCAAAAAAGGAAUAUUUUAGAACACGAGAAGUUUAGUUGUUACACUGACUCAAAGCAGAGAAAAGGAAAAUAGUGCACAUUCACUUUUUUAUUUUGCUAAUCUAUGCAUGACAUACCCACGGAAAAAAGUCACGUGGGGAAAGAUUUAAACAAACAUUUCCCUUUAUGAGGUAUUCUUUUUCACAUUGCAAAUAGUCACUUUCUUCAUUUCUCUUCGUUCAUCCUCUUGUUGUAUUUUAUUUUGAAAGCUGUUGGUGUAGAUAAAGUAACGGACCCUGUCUGUAGUAAACACUGUUUUGAGACAUUUUUUACAUUAUUUGUGCACUUCUGUGCUGACUGUAUUUCAAAGGGACUCUGUGUUUUUGUACUUCUUUCUGUGUUUGCAUGUUACUCUGAACCGUACCUGCUGUACGUCUGUUUCUACCACUCGUACUAUGCACACGAUGCGUCUUUGAGGUGCCAUGGUACUUCCUGUCUGAUUGUACAGUGAGAACACCCAGAGGCUGUGUUCGCUUUUUUUCAUGGAAAUAUUUAAUUUAGAGACAUGAAACAUUUAGAAUGAUAAUUUUGUUUAAUAGCUAAAUUAUUCAGAGAGCUAAGUGACACUGCCUCGCCUCUUUUUUAUGUACAAUAAAACUUUACAGACUUUGAAGGACAGAUUAUUGACUCUCUGGCCUGUUGAGAGACGCUUUUUAGUUAGGAGGCAGAGAAAUAAAUUAGUUAAAGUGUUAAAAAAGAUGAAAAAUCUACUGAAGCAUCAUCUGGUUUUGAUUAAAAAAUAUAGUCAAAGCAAAAAAAGAAAAAAAAAGUUCAAUUUUGUACUUGUAAUAGUUUUUAUUAGAGUCCUGCCCUCAUUUCUAUUUCUCACAUUUGCAUCUAAAAAAUAAAAAAAAUGUGCAGGAUCUGUCACAAUGCAUGCCAAACCACUGUAUCGUCAAUGCAUGAAAGGUUCUUCACGACAAAAUGGGAUCUUACAUCUAUCAGUCUUCUCAUGCUGUUCUUUGGUCUUCAGUUGAAUAAAACAUACAACUGCCUUUUCUGUAAA